UCCCCCCCUCUUUCCCCCCUGACCCUCCUCUAAUUAAUCUGCCUGCAGUGUGGACCUUGGUGGUUUAACAUUGUGCAACCUCUCCGGCUCCCCUGCCUUCCCACCCAGCCCCCUCCCCCAAAUCCAGGGGAACUCCCUCGCGCUGUGCCACCGGCAUUACUCAUUCAUCCCAGUUCAGGCUUUGGAGCCUUUAUUAAGGGCUUCGCUCCUGCCUCACUCUAUCUCUCCCGGGCUCAAACUCGGUUCACUGGAGAGUCUGGCUUUCUCCCCUACGGCAGCUGCGGAGCAAACUUGGGAGACUCUCUCCAGCAAUGCAUCUUCCUGCGGUUCUGCUUUGUGCUUUCUGGUCUGCAGCGUUGGCUGAGACCUCGGAUGACUAUGAGCUCAUGUAUGUGCAUUUGGACAACGAAAUAGACAACGGACUUCAUCCCACCGAGGACCCCACGCCGUGCGACUGCCGCGGAGAGCACUCGGAGUGGGACAAGCUGUUCAUCAUGCUGGAGAACUCGCAGAUGCGGGAGGGCAUGCUGCUGCAGGCCACCGACGACGUCCUCCGCGGCGAGCUGCAGCGGCUGCGGGUCGAGCUGGGCCGGCUGGCAGGCGGCAUGGCGAGGCCAUGUGCUGCCGGGGGCCCCGCGGACGCCAGGCUGGCGCGGGCCCUGGAGCCGCUGCUGCAGGAGAGCCGCGAUGCGAGCCGCAGGCUGGCGCGCCUGGAGGACGCGGAGACGCGGCGGUCCGAGGCGACCGUGCCUGGCCUGGGCGCGGUGCUGGAGGAACUGCAGCGGACGCGGGCCGACCUGAGCGUGGUGCAGAGCUGGGCCGCCCGCCGCUGGCUGCCAGCAGGUUGCGAAACAGCAAUUUUAUUCCCGAUGCGGUCUAAGAAGAUUUUUGGAAGUGUACAUCCUGUGAGACCAAUGAAGCUUGAAUCUUUCACUACUUGCAUCUGGGUUAAAGCCACAGAUGUAUUAAACAAAACCAUCCUGUUUUCUUACGGCACAAAGUGGAACCCCUAUGAGAUCCAGCUGUACCUCAGCUCCCAGUCCCUAGUGUUUGUGGUGGGUGGAAAGGAGAAUAAGCUGGUUGCAGACACCGUGGUUCCCCUGGGAAGGUGGACCCACCUCUGUGGUACCUGGAGUUCAGAGCAGGGGAGCAUGUCCUUAUGGGUAAAUGGGGAGUUGGUGGCUACCACUUUGGAGAUGUCCACAAGUCACUCUGUUCCUGAGGGUGGACUCCUACAGAUUGGUCAAGAAAAGAAUGGUUGCUGUGUAGGUGGGGGAUUUGAUGAAACCUUAGCAUUUUCUGGAAGAAUCACAGGCUUCAAUAUCUGGGAUCGUGUUCUCAGCGAGGAGGAGAUAAAGGAGAGUGGAGGAGUUGAGUCUUGCCACAUCAGGGGAAAUGUCGUCGGGUGGGGCGUUACAGAAAUUCAGCCACAUGGAGGAGCUCAGUAUGUUUCUUAAGUGUUGUGAAACUCUACUUGAAGCCAAAGGAGACUCAUGCUUUAAAUAUAUGCCAGUUGAGAAAGUCUAAAAACUUCGGUGCAUAAUAAGACCACUUGAGACUAAUGAAGGCGAGGCUUGAGAUCGUCUUUAUUUAUAUUGGCAAAAUACUGAAUAAACAGUUGAGGGGAAGGCAAAGGAGAAGGCUUGGGACAUUGUUGCUAAGCCUUCUGCCUGUGGUGCUUUUGGGUUAAUGUCUGCCUCUGUCAGAUGAACCCUCAGAUAACUAAGCAGGACUGGACUCUGAACAGAAGGACAAUUGUGCUACUUUUCUUUGGUUAAUUUUAUUUUGGCCAGAGACAUUUUUUAUACUGGAAGAAUAACAAAACAAGCUCUGUUGCCCAUUGUUCAUUCUUCAUGGUGUACCUUGUGACAAAAGGGAUAACGAGAAAAACAUAUUUAUACCACAGAGUGACUUAUUAACAAACAUAAAUGUAGCUUACGUGUUAUAAUCCAGUGUUCCACUUGGGAGAGAUAGUUGUGUAACUUAUAUUGUGAAAUGGGUUUGUAUUAAUUUUAUUUUUGUAAAACUCUACUGUAAAUAAAAUGUUUUAUAAAGCUA